GUCCCUCUGUCCUGCCAUAAUCUGUGACCUCCUCCAUCUGCACAGCCAGGACCUGGGGAGAGGACGCCAUGACCCCCACCCUCACGGCCCUGCUCUGCCUUGGGCUGAGUCUGGGCCCCGGGACCCGAGGGCAGCAAGGGACCCUCCCCAAGCCCACCCUGUGGGCUGAGCCAGGCUCUGUGAUCACCUGGGGGAGGCCAGUGACACUCUGGUGUGAGGGGACCCUGGAGGCCCAGGAGUACCGUCUGGAGAAAGAGGGAAGCUCAGUGCCCUGGGACACAAAGAUCUCACAGAAGACCAGGAACAAGGCCAAGUUCCCCAUCCCAACCAUGACACAGCAGCAUGCAGGGCGAUAUCAAUGCUGCUAUCACAGCCCUGCUGGCUGGUCAGAGCGCAGUGACACCCUGGAGCUGGUGGUGGUGACAGGAUCCUACAGCAAACCCAGGCUCUCAGCCCUGCCCAGCCCUGUGGUGACCUCAGGAGGGAACGUGACCCUCCAGUGUGGCUCACGGCAGGGAUAUGGCAGGUUUGUUCUCACUAAGGAAGGAGGACACAAGCUCACCUGGACCCUGGACUCACAGCAAGACUCCAGUGGGCAGUUCCAGGCCCAGUUCCCUGUGGGCCCCGUGACCCCCAGCCACAGCUGGACAUUCACAUGCUAUGGCAGUUACAGGACAACCCCCCAGGUGUGGUCAGAACCCAGUGACCCCCUGGAGCUCCUGGUCUCAGGGCUGUCCAGGAAGCCCUCCCUCCUGACCCAGCACAGCCCAGUCCUGGCCCCUGGAGAGAACCUGACCCUCCAGUGUCACUCAGACAGUGGCUAUGACAGAUUUGCUCUGUCCAAGGAGAGUGGACAGGACCUCCCACAGCUCCCUGGCCAGCAGCUCCAGGCUGGGCUGUCUCAGGCCACCUUCCUUCUGGGCCCUGUGAGAGGCUCCCAUGGGGGUCGGUACAGAUGCUACGGUGGACACAGGCUCUCCUCUGAGUGGUCAGCCCCCAGUGACCCGCUGGACAUCCUGGUCACAGGACAGCUCCCUGCCUCACCCUCCCUCUCAGUGCAGCCGGGUCCCACAGUGUCCUCAGGAGAGAACGUGAUCCUGCUGUGUCAAUCAAGGAUCCAGUGGGACACCUUCCUUCUGGUCAAGGAGGGGGCAGCUGAUCCCCCCCUGCAUCUGAGACCAGAGUCCAGAGCUCCAGGGUUCCAGGCAGAAUUCUCCAUGAGAGCUGUGACCUCAGCCCUGGCGGGAACCUACAGGUGCUAUGGGUCUCAAAGCUCAUCCCCCUACCUGCUGUCAUGGCCCAGUGCCCCCGUGGUCCUGGUGGUCUCAGGAGGCCAUGAGGAGCAGCCCCUCACCCCCACGGACCCAGGACCCCAGCGUGGACUGGGAAGGCUGCUGCAGGUUCUGGUCGGGGUCUCAGUGGCCUUCCUCCUGCUGCUCCUCCUGCUCCUCCUCCUCCUCCUCCUCCGGCAUCAGAGCAGACGCAGGAAGGCGGCCCAGACAGAGGCUGGCCUCCAGGGACCUGCAGGGCCCACAGAGGCAGAGCCCCAGGACAGCGGCCUGCAGAAGAGGUCCAGCCCAGCCGCUGCCGCCCAGGAACAACACCUCUAUGCUGCUGUGAAGGACCCGCAGCCCGAGGUCGGGGUGGAGCUGGACAGUCGGAGCCCACCUGACAGGGACCCCCAGGGAGCAACAUAUGCCCAGGUGAGGCACUCAGGACUCAGGAGGGUCGGGAGCUGCCCUCUUCCCCCACUGUCGGGGCACUUCCUGGGCACAGAGGAUGCAGAGGACAGACACAUGGACACUCAGGCUGCUGCACCUGAAGGUCCCCAGGACGUGACCUACGCCCAGUUGUGCAGCGUGACCCUCAGACGGGGGGUAGCUGCCCCCACUUCCUCCCAGGCAGAGCAGCCCCCAGCGGGGCCCAGUGUGUAUGCUGCUCUGGCCACACUCACCCGGGGGCUGCCCCAGAGGACUCGCACUAGUGACCCCAGCCAGCCAGCCACCUAACGCUCCAGACUCCAGAACUCCUGAGACUCGCCUGACUCAGCAUCAGAGAUGACCAACCUCCCUACGUCUUGCAAAUAAAUCCAGAGGUUUCUCAGUAAUCAGUGAGUGGACGGAGAGCCAAGCAGAGGGAGAGGUGUCUUGACAUGACUGACGAUGAUAAUGGGACACAUCGAACUGGGAAGUGAGACUAAGGACCUUGCUGGUUGUAUCAGGAUGCGGGUUUUGCUUUGGUUUGGUUUUGGUUUGGGUUUUUGUGUUUUUGUACCAGGGAUUGAACCCAGGGGUGCUUGCCCAGUGAGCCACGUCCCCAGCACUUUUAAUAUUUUAUUUAUAAAUGGGGUCUCACUCGUUUGCUAGACCUGGCUAAGUUGCUGAGGCUGGCCUUGAACUCACAAUCCUCCUGCCUCAGCCUCCCCUGUUGCUCUGAUAACAGGUAUGUGCCUCCACGCCCGGCUUGGAAAACUUUUUUUUGUUUGUUUUUAAUGAAUGAACUAAGCUAGUCUAUCAAGAGUUUAGAAGAAGAAUAACAAAUUACUCCAAAUGCAAGUAAAGUGAAAACGAUAAGGUUAGUUACUAUUUGGAGGAAAAAAACAACCCUGCUGUACGUUUGAGUGUGAGAACAGCAAGAUAGCAGACAGCAGGGCACAUUCUACACACAUUUCAAAGAGAAAACAGCAGAACAUCGUGUGUAUUAGAAGACGUCCGUCGAAUCGGCAAAAUCCCCUCAUAUACAAUUUGCCAAGUGAACAUAAAGUAAGCAGAACAUCUGAACUCUCUCCUGCACAUUCGAUAGACUGUGCCCGUAGUCUAGCGGUUUCCCCAGGGAUGGAGUUGGGGAGCUUUGCUGGGGGUCUCUUCCAAAGCCUGAGGCACUUGGGAAACACGCACACAGCCCAAUCUUACACACGCUGCUUCUGAGACUAGAACGCGGAACUGCAACCCAACACACGCCCUCAGAGCAGCAGAAAAUCAACAGCGAAACCUGGCAAGGCAACAAGCGAUGGGCUGCCCCAGCAGAGGCCUGGCUACACCUGAGGCACCGCAGAGGAGGGUCCCAAGUCUAUCAUCGGCUCCGGGCUCUGGACACGGAGCAGGGCAAACCCGGGCUGCAAUCCUGCGCAGCCUCCGCCAGGUUACCCCGCUCCUGGGUCUGCGCUGGGAACCUUCAGGUGACAUCAGAGCCACACUGAGGGCCAGCUUCUCUCCAGGGCCACCGCCACCUGGCUGCACUGAGGAGCCCCGAGCCUCCUCCCCAGCAUCCUCCUACCUGGAGCUACACCUGCGUAGCUCCGUCCACUCCUGUGGACAGCAGGAGCUCUGGGAGCUGUGGUCUGCACCUGGACUGUCCCCUCAAGGCUUGGUCCCCAGGGGGCACUACUGGGAGGCGGGGAGCGUGGGGAGCUGGGCCUGGUGGGAGGUCUCCCACUCACUGGACACGUGCCCUGGACGGGGGUCCUGGGACCCCGCUCCUCCUCUUCCUCCUUCACUCCUGGACAGGAGGCGAGCACGGCCCCCCACCGUCCAUCGUGUUGGCUGCCCUGUCACGGACCCAAAGCCUUGGGGCCAGUCCACCCAAGACCAGAACCUGCAGCACUGUGGGCCUCGAGGGGCUCUCCACAGACUGACCAUCUCAGGCAUUUGCUCCAGUUACCGUGCUGACUCACGAGGGGCCAGGCUGGGGACUUCCCGCCUGAGGGCAGGAGCCCCAGAAGGGAGCCCAGCGGUAGGGACCCCUGAGGGACGCCUGUGCGUCCUCCUGUGACUGGGGCUCAGGGACCAGGGAAGAGGCCUGACGGGCCUGGAUGUCUGCGCCCAGGGUCCUGGGAGCCUGUGUCCUCCUUCCCUCGUCAGAAGCAACCGCCACAUCCCAGUGUGACUGCACCUUGCCAGGAGCUGCCGCUGCGCCUACGGCAGCAGGAGGAGGCGGGGGCUCCCUGGGGCCCUGGCGCUGGCGCCCAGGGUGGGGACAUGCCCGCUCCACCCCUUCCUGUGGGUGCAGGGGCUGUGACCCCUGUGACCAGGCACCCUGAACUCAAGGAGGACCUCGCGUGCCCUGGGGAGCAGGGAGCAGACUCCUCCAGCGCCCAGGAUGCCCUCUCCAGGUUUCCUCAGGAACUGAUCCUGUCCCACUGAGAGUAGAUUGGAAGCGGGGCGUGGUGGUGCACGCCUGUAAUCCCAGUGGCUCAGGAGGCUGAGGCAGGAGGAU